AUGUUCUUCUUCUUCAGCGGAGUCAACAGCCCGCGCCGUCGCAAUCGAGAGAAAGCGAUCUUUCUGACUAUCUUCAUCAUCUUCGCCCUGUACCUCCUCUUCUUCUCCAACUCCUCGCCGCGCAAACAUGCCGACCCUACGAUAUACGACUCCGAAGCGCUCGGGGGCCCGUAUCGAGAUCCGCAGUCGGGCCAGGCGACUCCCGCGCGACACUCGGCGCCCAUCCGGAAAAGCAUGGUCGUGGCCAGUAUGAAGCGCGAUGAUGUCUCGUGGUUGCACAACUACUUUCCGGAUUGGCAUAAGAAUAUUUACGUGGUGGAUGACAAGAAGGAGCAAUUGACGGUGAAACAGAACAAAGGCAGGGAAUCAAUGGUCUAUUUGACGUACAUCAUCGACAAUUAUGACAACCUCCCCGACUCGAUCCUCUUCAUCCAUUCCCAACGAUACCAAUGGCACAACGACGACCCAUACUACGAUGGCAUGCCAAUGCUGCGCAAUUUCCAGCUCCCAUACCUCGAGAAGCAGGGUUACGUUAACUUGCGCUGUGCCUGGGUCCUGGGGUGCCCAGAAGAGAUCCAUCCGCUGACCGAUACGCACCGCGAGAACAUACACGCCGGCGAGUAUUUCAAAAACGCGUUCAUGGAGCUCUUCCCUGGUGUUGAGGUGCCAGAGGCGGUUGGUGCGUCUUGUUGUGCGCAAUUUGGCGUCACGAGCUGGCAGAUUCACGAGCGCCCAAAAAGUGAUUAUGUGCGGUUUCGGAAGUGGUUGUCGGAAACGGACCUUACGGACGAUUUAAGCGGGCGGAUUAUGGAGUACUCAUGGCAUAUGAUAUUUGGAAAAGCUCCAGUGCAUUGUCCUUCCGCUGACGAGUGCUAUUGCAGGGUCUUUGGGCUAUGCGAUUUGACCUGUCCGAGCCAGGACGCGUGCAAAGACCGCUACCAACUUCCGAAAUACUCAACUCUUCCACAAGGCUGGCCGUUUAUUGGAUGGAAUGGGCAGAAACAAGAUCCCAGCAAGGGCGGGCUUCCUGACCAGGGAUAA